CUGAAGGAUAGGGGCCGAGGGGCAGCAUGACCAAGGCGGCAGCCUCUUCGCCGUUGGAGGACUUGGACCUGAGCGGAGAGGAGGUUCGGCGGCUCACCUCCGCCUUUCAGGACCCGCAGUUCCGGCGACUGUUCUCCGAGUACGCCGAGGAGAUAACCGACCCCGAGAACCGGCGGCGCUACGAGGCGGAGAUCACCGCGCUGGAGCGCGAGCGCGGAGUGGACGUGCGGUUCGUGCACCCGGAGCCGGGCCACGUGCUGCGCACCAGCCUGGAUGGGGCGCGGCGCUGCUUCGUGAACGUGUGCAGCAACGCCCUGGUGGGCGCCCCCUCCAGCCGGCCCGGCUCCGGGAGCGCCGCGGCCGGCAGCCAGUGGUCCCUGCCCUACAGCCUGGCGCCCGGCCGCGAGUACGCGGGGGGGCGCGGCCUCCGCUACACGGUCUACGACGUGGUCUUCCACCCGGACGCGCUCGCCCUGGCCCGGCGCCACGACCGCUUCCGCCAGAUGCUGGACACGACGGCUCUGGAGGCCGUCGAGAAGCAGUUCGGCGUGAAGCUGGACCACAGAAAUGCCAAGACCCUGAAGAUCAAGUAUAAAGGGACCCCGGAGGCGGCCGUGCUGCGCACGCCUCUGCCCGGAGGCGCCCCUGCGCGGCCCGAGGGGGAGCUGCAGAGCCCUCUCCCCGAUUUCCCCUACCCCUACCGAUGCCCGGCAGUGUCCGGGACCCCUGCCGUCCAGGAGCCCCGGGCGCCCUCCGCGCCAGAGGCAGCCCCGCAGCCCGCCCCCACCGCGCCCCGCUACCGCGUGGUGCAGCGCCACCACGUGGACCUCCAGGAUUACCGCUGCUCCCGGGACUCGGCCCCCAGCCCCGUGCCCCAGGAGCUCGUGGUCACCAUCGAGCUGCCGUUGCUGCGCUCGGCCGAGCAGGCGGCGCUGGAGGUGACGGGAAAGCUGCUGUGCCUCGACUCGAGGAAACCCGACUACCGGCUGCGGCUCUCGCUCCCGUACCCGGUGGACGACAGCCGCGGCAAGGCGCAGUUCAACAAGGCCCGGCGACAGCUGGUGGUAACGCUGCCGGUGGCGCUGGCCGCCGCGCGCCGGGAGCCCGCCGCGGCGCCGGAAGAGUCCGCCGACUUGUCCGGAACUGACGGCGCGGCCGGCGCUUCCGCUCGCGAGGGGGAGGCGGACCCCACGGUGGGUCGCGCAGGGGGCGCAGGCUCGGAUCCCAGCGGGACUGGGGCUGCGGUCGCCGGGAUCCACACGCCGGCCGCCGCCGGGGAGGAGCUCGUCUCCGAACUGGAGGAGCGGGACUUCGAAGGGCCAGGUGUGUCGACUGCGGGCAUCGGGGAGAAACCGCUUCCCGGAACCGGGAGCUCACCUGGGGACGGUGGCGGAGGCUCCCCUUGUACUUCAUCCGGGGACCUUGACAGGGGGUCUUCAGCUGGAAGAGGGAGUGAGCGUGGCGACACCGUGCAGGCGCCCGUGGCCUGGGAAAGCCCGGGCAGGGGGCCUUCUGAUCCUGCCAUGGGUGGCCCUGGGACCGACUGCAGGGCACCUUUGUGUCCUCCUUUGCAGUGUAACCAGGAUGAAAAAUGCUUGACGCUGCUAAUUCAAGUGCCUCGGAUCCAGCAGCAAAGUCUUCAAGGGGAUGUGAGCCCCCUCCGGUACAAAUUGUGCUUCUCCACCCAAGACUUCGUUUAUUAUUCCUUCUUUUUGCAAUUUGCACCAGAGAAUAAAUUGAGUACCAAAGAACCAGUGGUUAGUAUUUCUUCAAACAAUGCAGUAAUAGAACUGGCCAAAUCUGCAGAGUGCUAUGGACAUUGGAGAGAGUGGUAUUACGGUUUAAACGACGAUUCUUUGGAGGAAAGGUGGUUUGUCAAUGAAGAAAAUGUUAAUGAGUUUCUUGAAGAGGUCCUAAGCGCGCCGGUGGAACUAACAAAGCCCCUAACCCCACCAUUAAUUGAAGUUCUUCAGGUUACUGAUAGCAAGAUUCAAAUUCAGGCAAAGUUGCAAGAAUGUAGUAACUCGGAGCAGCUGCAUGAAAAGGAAGAAAGAGGCAAUGAAGGAAGUCAUCUAACUGAAAAAGAAAACAGAGAAUAUCCUCAGACCUCAACAACUGAUUCUGACUCAUCUAUAGCAGUUAAAGCACUAGAAAAAGACAAUUGUGGUUCAGUUGCAUGCUUUCAACAAGAGUCUCUGGAUGUUUCUCAAAUGCUCUUUGGAAAGUCUCAGCAACCUGAGUCAAAAUUGGAACCUGAAUUUAUAAAAGAAAAAGGUGUUUACUCAAAUGAGGAAAAAGAUAAUUUGAAAGAACCAGUAAUGACUGAAGAGAAAGAAUUAGAUGGCGAUCACCUAUCUUCAUUUGCAAUUCACAAUAUACCUGGUUUUGACAACAUAAAAGAAACCAAUAUGCAGGAUGGUAGUGUGCAGAUUAUUAAAGAUCAUGUGACUCAUUGUGCAUUCAGUUUUCAGAAUUCUUUGCUGUAUGACUUGGAUUAAGUCAAUAAUUUUAGAAAGUAAAGGUUAAGAGUAAAAAAUUGGGGGACUUAAGAUAUUUCUGGUAACUACUAUCUUAAAACUAAAGAUAUUCAACAAAGUGUAUUUUGGGCUUAAAAUAGAUUUUCUUUAUGUUAACUUCUGUCUUAAAACUGAAAGUGUUCAAGAAAUUAAAAUUUGCAAUUUUGAUUUUAAUGGGGCAACUGAAGGGGCUUUUUGUGUUGUUUUUUUUGCAUAUAACGAGUUCAUAGUUUCCUUAAUUAUGGCGGUAAGUUUUUUUAUUACUCUGAUAGAUGGAUAUUUUUUCUAAUGAGUUAAACAUUUUUAAUACAACCUGUAUAUAUUUACUUC